AUGAUAUUUCAGGCCUCAAGGUUCAGCGCCCCGGGACGUGAAGCGCACCUCCUCGAGCCCCGCCGAAGCGAAGCAUGCCGCUCACACAAACCCCACAGACGCCGCAGUGGAGUGGUCCAGCUACACAACGGUGUCCUUCCCACUCACAAUGACAGUCUCACAUGCUCAUGUCAGAGAGGCAUUGCCGCAUUCACCAAAAUGUACACAAAGUCACACACCUACAAAGAGGAAAAGAAAAACACAGGAAAAGAACAACAACAGGAUACCAACAGCACACAAAGCACUCACAAUACAAUAAUCACAGGUGCCACUCUCAUCAGAGAAAAACAUUCACCCACACCAGCACAUCAACUCAACCCCAAAAAAGAAAAAAACAAGCCCAUUGCGUAA